AAGUAUUUGUGUUUACAGUCAGUCAGGCGUGACACUCGUCAUCGUUAUGAAUGCAGGGAACAGUCACCUGUUUGUCACUGUAUUUGUGGGCGCUCUGCGGGCCGUUUGAAGAUAGGUAUUUAGCUUAGGGGUGGGGCAAACACUUCUCAAAGUAGAGAGCAGCACAUUCGGCAAUUUACUCCCAAUAGAAGGUUGUUUCUGUGUUUAAGGGAGUUUCUCCCCAAGGAUACCCCCCUCCCCAAUCGAUUGAUUGUUAAGGGAAAGUGAAACUUUGUUAGUUUGACCCGUGACUCAAGACCCUUUACUCUGGAACACUGUCCUUCGUCCCGCCGGUACAGGUUCAGUGACGCCUGAGACAAAAAAACUCUUUCUGAGUUGAAGCAACUCUGAGAGAUUCACUAUGCAAAGCUCGGGCCUAAGACAGGGGGAGGACUACGUACCGGGAUGGGUCUCGGACCUGACGUCGUUACCCAACCUGGACGAGGACGUCCUGCUGCGGGAGUUAAAAGCCAGAUACACCGCCGAUAGGAUCUACACGUAUGUUGGUGAUAUUUUGGUGGCUGUUAAUCCCUUCAAGGAUGUCCCCAUCUACACAAAUGAGAUCUCUGAGCAGUACUGCGGAGGUCUUCACUCCGAACAGCCUCCACACAUCUUCGCCACGGCUAAUGAUGCGUACCAGGGCAUGCUGGGUAAACUGUCAUCCCCACCCCAGGACCAGUGCAUCGUUAUCAGUGGUGAGAGUGGAGCAGGUAAAACAGAGAGCACCAAGCUGCUGAUCAGGCAGCUGCUGCAGCUGUGUCAGGGCACCUCUCAGCUGGAACAGCAGAUUCUACAGGUGAAUCCUUGUAGAGGCCUUGGAAUAUCUUCAAAUCAAAAUAUUUCUACAGUAAAAGGUGCAAAAAUCCGUGAGUACCUUCUGGAGAAGUCUCGGCUGGUGCAGCAGGCAGGAGGAGAGCAGAACUUCCAUGUCUUCUACCUCAUGCUGAAUGGGCUGUCCCCCCAAAACAUGGAGAAGUACCAUCUGGGGGGAGGACAGGGCUACAGCUACUUGAAAAAUUUCCAGGACAAAGCCCAACAUUACAGGACUCAGCACCAGCAGCUGCUGGAUGCCAUGGACAUGGUGGGCUUCAAUGGGGAGGAACAAGAAGGGAUGUUUUCCAUCCUAGCUGGGGUGCUGCACAUGGGGAACAUACAGAUCUGUGCUACAGACAGUGGUGAGGCUUAUGUGGACAGGUCUGCCAAGGACAUCAACAUCACUGCUGAGAUUCUGGGAGUAGACAGUACUGACUUGGAAUCCAGUUUGACCCAGAGUGUGGUGAGAACCAACAAAGGGGAACUCAUACAGAGGAACUACACUGUACAGCAAGCCUUAGCCAGCAGGGAUGCCGUCUCCAAGGCCUUGUACGGACGACUGUUUGGCUGGCUGGUCAACAAGAUCAACCAGCUGUUAGCACCCACUGACAGCAGCAUUGCAGAACUACAACAGAUAGGGGUGCUGGACAUCUUUGGGUUUGAACAUUUUGAACACAACAGUUUUGAGCAGCUGUGUAUCAACCUGGCCAAUGAGCAGCUUCAGUACUUCUUCAACCAGCACAUCUUCCUACUGGAACAGGAGGAGUACCAGAGGGAGGGAGUCAGCUGGACCACCAUCACCUUCACUGACAACAAACCUGUGCUGGAUCUGCUGUUGGCCAGACCUAUUGGCAUACUGGCCCUUCUGGAUGAAGAAAGCCUCUUUCCUCAGGGAACAGAUUUGACACUUCUGCAGAAGCUGAACCAGAAUGUUGGCAGCAGCCCUCACUUUACUACAGGCAAGCAGGCCAGGAGUCCGCUCUUCACCAUCACCCACUAUGCAGGCAAGGUGGAGUACAAUGUGACUGGCUGGCUGGAGAAGAACAGAGACACCCUGCCCUCCAACACCAUGUCCGUCCUGCAGCACAGCAGCAACCCACUCAUCAACACUGUCUGUAAUGGCAGUAUCACUCGGACCGGAACACUUGCACUUCAGCACAAAACCUCUAAGGGUCGUCGUCUGAGCAAAAGACCAGCGGGUAGACAAGUUGGUGAACCCGGCAAGAAAGGAGGAAAACAGCUCACUCUGGGUGGCCAGUUCAAGAACUCCCUGACUGUACUAGUGGAGAGGAUCACAGCAGCCAGGCCCCAUUUUGUCCGCUGUAUCAAACCUAACGGCCUCAAGCAGCCAAACAACUUCCAAGAAGAUGCAGUGGCUGCCCAGAUUUUGUUUUGUCUACCUGCCCAGCUGAAGUACACAGGAAUGAUGGAGACAAUCCGCAUCAGGAGGGAGGGCUAUGCUCUGCGCAUCCCCUUCCAGCAAUUUGUUCAGAGGUACAGAAGUUUGGGGGAUGUUGCCCACAUACCAGAGGACCAACAUGGGUGCCAGAGGAUACUAAAGGCUACAGGGUUGUCUGACUGGCUGAUUGGGAAGACUAAGGUGCUGUUGAAGUGGUGGCACACAGAUGAGCUGGCCUCCAGGCUACAGAAGGUGGAGCAGGCUGCAACCCGCAUCCAAACAGGGGUGCGUGGCUUCCUGGCCCGGAGGAAGAUGGCCCAUCUGAGAGAGUUAGCCAAUAAGCAGGCAGCAGCUGCCGUAAUGUUCCUGAACCUGACUGAGCAGCUCAUAGAGGAUGCCUUCCAGAGGCAGCGCCACCUGGCAGAGAGGGAUGAAACUGCCACACCCCGUGGGUUGCUGAAAGGAGCAGUAGCAGGUGGGAUGACAGCUGACAUGACACCUGCAGAUGCAGCAGCUGUACAGCAGGUGGCAACCAAAAUGGCUGACCUACACCUACAGCAAGAUGCAGAGACUCAGGUUGAGUUGAAGGAUAACCUGAGCUCUGAUGAGGAAAUUGUGGAGGAUGACUUCACUGGACCCAUAAGUAGCAAGAACAGAUGGGGAAAGGAGGGGACCAAGGCUGCAUCUGUGCGCUGGUUCAGGGAGACCCAGCAGCAGGCUGUGAUGCAGGACAGCGGCACAUUUGCACCCUGGUUCCAUGGGAUCAUCACACGCAGGGAAUCAGAGCGACUCUUACAAGACAAGCUGCUGGGCUGUUUCCUGAUCCGAGUCAGCGAGAGCAGGUUUGGCUACUCCCUGACCUACAGGAUAUCCAGCAGGUGUAAACACUUUAUGAUUGACCAGUUGCCCAGUGGCAAGUACGUGGUCGUUGGGGAACCCAAAGUGCACGUGUCCCUGUCAGCAUUAGUGGACUACUACAGGAAGAACCCUUUGACUGGAGACCUUCUGACAGAACCCUGUGGCCAAGUUGAGGGACAUGAGGACUAUGCUGAACUUCUAGUAGGGAGCCGGUACAGUCUAGUCAGAGUGGAGGAGGAAGUGCAACCCUAUGGAAGUGCUCUACAUAGAGAUGAUUCCACCCCACCACCCCUGCCGGAGAGAAACUACACCACAAUGCGUGAGCCAGGCAACCAGCAAGCCAGCAGCAAACACAUGCACUACCAGACACUGCUGAAGAAUCAGCAACAACAGCUGGGAGUGAGAGCAGCGACAGAAACCGCAGCCCCACCUCUUCCAGCCAGAACCAGAAGAAAGUGACCGCAACAUCAAGCCAAGACGUUUUGUCAUCAGAUGAUUCACUACCACCAUUUUCACAAUGUGGUCUUUAAUGUACUGGUUCCUACAAAUUACUGUUUGUAGCUAGAUUUUUAUUGUGAGGACUAGGGUUAGGCUGGAGAUUACAGUAUUACCAAGGAGGUUUUAAUCAUUACACAAUCUCAUUGCCUACCAAACCUCUCUAAAAGCAUGACAACAGAAACAAUGACUGCAAUAUGAGCCCCCAAACUGAGAAGUCUAUGUACUAACUGUGCUGUGCACUUCCGUGAAGUUUCUUCACAUCCCAAGAGCAUUGUUUUGAUACAGCUCCAACUUCGUUUCAUACUUUUGAUAACUGUUAAUUAGUCUCACGCGUAAGCCACAUUGCUACAUAAAUGUGCAAACACUGCUUGAUCCAAAGCAACUGUACAAUCUUAGCAAACUUCUUGUAAUUGUCAUCUUUGGGAAAUGUGCCAAUAUUAAGAUGACAAAAAGUCAAACCCUGUACAGUCCCUAACUGCAGGUACAAACAUUACAUUGUAUGCUUACUAUCAAAAUCUUGUUAAGCGCUAGAUAUUAUUGUGUUAAGAUUAUUACAUA